GAGUGUGUCCAGACGGAGAACUGUCAGCAUGAACGGUGUAGCGCUUUUACUAGUGAUUGCCCUAGCGGCAGGUUCUUCAGAGGGCUUUGGCUAUCCAAAACGUUUCCUCAAAAUAGUUCCUGCACCUAUGCCAAUCCCUGUUAAAGCCCCAGUUUUCAUCGACAGACAUCAUUUAAUGAUAAAACAAGUUCCAAAGAUCCGGACAGUCGUGUUGAAAAAGACAGUACCACAGAUACACAAAGUUCCGCAUAUCGUUAAAGUACCAAAGAUCAAAACAGUUUACCAGAGAGUACCUGUCAAACAACAAGUUCUAGUAAAUAAUCCAGUUGUCAUUAGGGAGCCCGUACCACGAGACCGUACCUUGGUCGUGAACAACCCUAUCCCAGUUAAGCAACAACAACAGCCAGUUGUGGUGAAAGUCAACCAAGGAGUCGGGCCAGCUGAUUUCGGUGAUGGACAUGGAGUUGCAAACCUGGGUCCAGCACCAGGACUAGUUGACAUUGGACCAGGUCAAGGACCAAUUGACAACGGACUAGGGUUUGGACAUUCUGAUUUAGGAUUUGGAAAUGGGCAUUCUGAUUUAGGAUUUGGAAAUGGGCAAUCUGAUUUAGGAUUUGGAAACGGGCAUUCUGAUUUAGGAUUUGGAAAUGGGCAAUCUGAUUUAGGAUUUGGAAAUGGAAACUCAGGUUUGGGAUUAGGAAAGGGACAUUCAGACUUGGGAUUAGGAAAUGGGCAAUCUGUUGUGGGAUUAGGAAACGGACAUUCUGAUUUUGGACUGGGAAAUGGACAAUCUGAUUUUGGACUGGGAAUUGGACAAUCUGAUUUUGGACUGGGAAAUGGACAAUCUGAUUUUGGACUGGGAAUUGGACAAUCUGAUUUUGGACUUGGAAAUGGAAAAUCUGAUUUUGGACUUGGAAAUGGAAAAUCUGAUUUUGGACUGGGAAAUGGAGCAGGAAACGACCUUGGAAUAGGCUUCAAUCAGAUCGGUCUUGGUGCCAUUGACAACUUCGGGGCAUUCUCUGGCCGAGGUGCUGGGGGUGAAGGCGGAUUACUUCAGGACGCACUUUAGCUGCAAAACGAUUCCAGUUGCUUGCACUAGGGCGGACGCACUCAGUGAUUCCCAAGUUGUUUGUGUACAAUCAUUUGUUAUCUUGGCACAAUGUUUAUUCAAUAAUAAUACAAUUAUGUUUUGAC